AUGGCCGAAGCAGAGAAUUACGAGGACGACCUCUUCGACGACCUCUACAAUGACGACGACGCCCCGGCUGCCACCAAGCCAGCCGCUGCACCAGCAGCUGCCCCUGCUCCAGCCCAAGCUUCGGCUACUGAGCAGUCUUCGCAACAACAACAGCAACUGCAGCAACAACAAGAACUGCAGCAACAAGCUGCCGCCGCCCAGCAGUCGGCAGCUGACAACUACGGCAAUUCCAACGAUUACAACCAGCAAAAUUACUACAAUGGCGGCGACGGACAAUACGGUAACGAUGAGGAGGAAGAGGAAGACGAUGAUGACAUCGAUUUCAACCUUGGAAACGGCCCUUCAACCACUGUCGCUCGCCACGACGACGACAACAACAUGAACAACCAGAACAACAACAACAACAACAACAGCCAGCCUCAGUCGCAAUAUCAUGCUUCCCAACAGUCCCAGGCCCAACACAAGGGCCCUAAUGCCAAGGAAGAUGGCUGCAGCCUCAACCAAGCUCUCCCAAAUCUUGAAACGAUCCUCUACAUGAAAACCGCUCAGGACGUGGCGUCCUAA